UGUCAUCAUCAUCAUUACGAUUUACGUGUUUUGUGGUCAUUACAAAUUACGAUACCUAUCAUUACCUCACGAAUAGUUCUGAAAUCUGAUCUACAUUAUCUACAAUUAAAUAAUAAUCAUUAUUCGGAGUAAAAAGAUUCUUUGAGUCAAUAUUAGCUUUGCACUAGUUUUUUUAUAAUAAUUAUUGUAUCCAUCAAUUUUUUACCGGUUGUGAUAAAUCAAUUUUAUCUGACAUAAUUCAUAAAAAUGUUGACCAGGAAUGCAACAUCACUUUUUUUCCGCAAAUGCUACUAUGAUACGACGACCCCAUUUUUCAGAAAAUUUACACUAACUCCUGCAAAUUGUGAGAUAGUGAAAAUCCAGAGUAGUGAUGAUUUUAAAGCCAAAGUAAUCAAUAGUAAACUGCCGGUCAUAGUCGACUUUUUCGCUACGUGGUGUAACCCCUGUAAGCUUCUCACACCACGUCUUGAAUCAAUAAUUUCCGAAAAUAAAGGAAAAAUUAUUUUGGCGAAAGUUGACAUAGACGAGCAAACAGAUCUCGCCCUUGACUAUGAAGUGAGUUCUGUUCCUGUUCUUGUGGCUAUAAAAAAUGGAAAAGUACAACAACGUCUUGUAGGUCUACAAGAUACUGACAAACUACGUAAAUGGAUUGAGCAAUUUGCAUCAGAGGACACUGAACUAAAAGUUAAAGCAUAAAUUGUGUGUAC